AUGCCUGUUCAAGAAAAUCCUAUAGUUACAUUAUCAGCUAUUAUUCCGCAAAUUUUUCAGGACUGUCAAAAAUCUACAACCAAUCACCGGAAAAAUGCUAUAGCUCUUCGAAAAGUGCAAAUGAAAUGUUCCUCAUAUAGGUCUACAAAUAAUGGAUCGUCUAAUAAUCGUUUAGAUAACGAACAUGUUUUUAAUACCGAAUUUAUCAGAAAUUUGAACAAAAUUUUACCAGUAAAAAAAGGUCAAACAAAUUCCGAGCGUGUGAUAAAAUUCGUAGCUUCUUUUGUUGCUUUUAGUUGUGAAAAAGAUAAGGAACUUUUGAGAAAUCAAAAUGAUAGUACUCAUUUGUUGAAAGGCAUUGAAGCCAAAGAUAAAAAUGUAAGAUUACGCGUUUGCCAAUUAAUAGCACAUCUCAUUGGUUGUUUGGGCUCAAUUGACGAUGAUCUAUAUGAACGUUUGAAAGUUGAGCUGACUAAACGCUUACUUGAUAAAGAAGCUGGUGUACGCGUAAAAGCUGUCCUCGCGUGUUCAAAGUUACAAGGUGAUGAUGAUCAUGGAAAAUAUGUGAUUGAAAAAUUCAUCGGAAUGUUACAUAAUGACCCAAGCGCCGAAGUCAGACGUGCUGUUAUAUAUAAUAUUGAAUAUAAUGAAGAAACUUUAGCUUAUAUAUUACAACGUGCACGGGACGUCGAUCCAAUGAAUCGUCGAGGUGUUUUUAUGAAAAUAGCUGAAGAAAUUAAUGAUUUUCGCGUUUUAUCUAUCGAAGAUCGUGAAAAAUUAUUAAGCUGGGGUCUUACGGACAGGGAUCCUCAUGUGAAAAAAGCAUGCGCAAGAAUGCUCUCAACAAGUUGGAUUCAACAAGCGAACAACAAUUUAUUGGAGCUGCUUGAGCGGUUAGACGUUGUGGGAAGUAAUAUUGCCCAAGAAGCUCUUAUAUCAAUAUUCAAGGCCCGUCCAGAUAUAGUUCAAGUGUUAAAUUUUGAUGAUCUAUUUUGGGAAAAUUUGACAGCCGAGGGAAGCUUUCUUGUACGCGUCUUCUGCGAAUAUAACAAAGAGGACGAGGGAAAGCUUGACGAGAUAUUACCAGAAGUGACGCGACUUGCUUUUUACAUUCAGAGAUAUAAUAAUUUCAUGAAUCAAGCGUCAGAUGAGGAGCAAGUAAACUUAGCAUUUAUUGUUGGUCAAUUGUUUUUGUUGGCCAAAUUAUUAGACUAUGGAGAUGAAGUUGGAAGAAGAAAAAUGUGUGAAAUGCUUAUGUCUUCCAAUAUUCUGGAGAGCCAUAUUGAAAGCAUUGUAGAGAUUGAGAAAAAAAUUUCAAUUAAUGAACGAGAUUUCACACGUUCUAUGAUUGAAAUAAUCACUGAUAUCCGUGAAGGCAUAGAAGAUGAUGAGGGCCCUUCACGACUUACAUAUCAGGAUGAUUAUGAUUUAUCUGUGAACAUGUCUCGUCUCAGUAUCAAUAUAUCUUCUAUGAAGAUGUCCGUUUUAUCUACCGAUCUCAAACAAACCGACAGAAGGGUUUCAAAUUCUUCUACGAAUAUGGAUGAUAACAGCGUUCUUCAAGAAGACAACGAAAUGAAAGUUAUAAUGGUUAAUUUGAAAUGUCUGCAUAUAAUACGUUGCAUGCUUGAAAAGAAUUCAGAGAGUCUGCGGGAUAACCCAUCGAUGUAUGGCCUUAUGAACGAAAUUAUUAUACCUAAUAUACAAAGUCAUGAACCAGUGCUGCGAGAAUUAGGCAUACACUGCCUAGGUUUAUGUUGUAUACUUGAUCAAUUUAUUUAUGCAUUGUUUACGCCAUGGACACCCAGAGCUGCAAAUUAA